AUGGCACCAAUCAGUGUUGGCAUUCUUGUCUACGACUAUCAAGCCAUCGACGCCGUCGGUCCAACCGACUUGCUGAACUCUUCGUCCAAGCUUCUUGCAAAUAUCCUCCGCAAAUUCAUUCCGGUGGAAGAAGAAGUACUUGAACGAGCGCCGGACUUCACCUUUCACCACAUUGGACUGACACGCGAGCCCGUCCAGCUCCUGACCAGCAACAUCUUUAUUGUCCCCACCACGACAGUCGACGAAUGCCCUGACAUCGACCUGCUUCUUAUUCCUGGACCUGCCCCGGUCGAGUUUCAACUCUCGGAGAAAUACGCGGCCUUCAUCCGUCGCCACGUUGCCGAGGGCAAACUCACCUUCUCGACUUGCACGGGUGCAGCGGUCCUUGCCGCAGCCGGUGUUCUCGACGGCAAGGCAGCAACCAUCAACAACGUCGAGUACGCUUGGGUUGCAAAGAAAUACCCACAGGUCAAGUGGACGAAAGAACGAAAAUGGAUCGUGGACGGGAACCUCUGGACCGCAAGUGGAGCUGUGGCUGGCAUGGACAUGUUCGCUCACUGGUUGAAGGAGAAUUUCGGUUUGGCUGUGCUCACACUCGGUGCCUUGGGCUUGGAUUAUGAGCCUCGCGACGACAGCGGCUUGUUUACGGUCUUGCCCAAGAGAUAUGGUGACGAUGGCGAGCAAAUUGCCACCCAUCACGUUCCAGUAUAUAAUUGA